AUGUUCUUUGUCGGGUUCUGGGUUGGUUCUCGAGAUAAUAUCUACUCUGUAAAUGGAUUGACAAGGCUAAAGUUAUCAAAGUAUUCCUUCUAUGAAGAACCCAUUCCUGCCGCCCAUUCUCCCCUUCCCGCCUCUCAUUCAACUCCUCCCGCCUCCCUUUCCCCCAUUCCCGCAUCCCGUUCCCCCCUUCCCGCCUCCCAUUCUCCCCUUCUUGCCUCCCAUUCUCCCCUUCUUGCCUCCCAUUCUCCCCUUCCUGCCUCCCUUCUUUCCCUUACCUCCCAUCCCUCCCUUCCCUCCCUUCCCGCCCUUCUCUCCCUUCCCUCCCUUCUCCCCCGUCCCUCCCUUCUCCCCCGUCCCUCCCUUCUCUCCCUUCCCUCCCUUCUCUCCCUUCCCUCCCUUCUCUCCCUUCCCUCCCUUCUCUCCCUUCCCUCCCUUCUCUCCCUUCCCUCCCUUCUCUCCCUUCCCUCCCUUCUCCCCCGUCCCUCCCUUCUUCCCCGUCCCUCCCUUCUCUCCCUUCCCUCCCUUCUCUCCCUUCCCUCCCUUCUCUCCCUUCCCUCCCUUCUCUCCCUUCCCUCCCUUCUCUCCCUUCCCUCCCUUCUCUCCCUUCCCUCCCUUCUCCUCCGUCCCUCCCUUCUACCCCGUCCCUCCCUUCUCUCCCUUCCCUCCCUUCUCUCCCUUCCCUCCCUUCUCUCCCUUCCCUCCCUUCUCUCCCUUCCCUCCCUUUUCUCCCUUUCCUCCCUUCUCUCCCUUCACUCACUUCUCUCCCUUCACUCACUUCUCUCCCUUCCCUCACUUCUCUCCCUUCCCUCCCUUCUCUCCCUUCCCUCCCUUUUCUCCCUCCUUUCUUCUCUUCCGCGCCAUGCAUUCCCAUUGUCCCCUGCCUGCCUCACAAUCUAUCCUUCCAGCCUCGCCCUUGUCGUCCUGCCUGUCAUUCCAUCUCCCCUCCCUGCAUACCCCUCUCUUCCUGUCCUCCCUUCUCUGCGCCUCUCCCCCUCACUGUGCCCCUUGCUAUACUAUUCCCUCUUGUUACCUUUCCUGCCACCCCUCCGAAGCUGA